GAUCCAAAGAGAAAGAAACAAAAAAAAAAAGUUUCAAAAAUGGAGAAAAAGAAUAUGUUCAUGCUGUGGUAUAUGAUCUUCUUAUUGGUGGGUUCGUCGUUAAUGUUUGAGAGAGUGGAUUGCAGAGCCGUACGAUCGGAGUCGUUUAGAGAUAUCAACGGCCAUGAUCAAUCGACGGUGACCAUCAUGAAGGUGAAGAACAGCUCGUACAGUCGACGUCCUUUAAUGAGGAUCUUAGCGUCUGGACCGAGCGGAAGAGGAACUGGUCACUAAUCCACAACUACCACAUCUUUCGACGUGUGUGUGUGUUUUUUUGUUUGUUGGAUUAUUUCAUUUUUUUUUUCGGCCAAACAAAAG